AUGCGCGCUCUCAGCUACCUAGCCCACGCCAUCGCCCUCCGCACCAGCCCCUUCACGCCAGACACAGCAAAGUGUAGCCCUACACUCGGCGUCCCGGGCGGCGGUAUGUCAUCCCCCUCCUCUAUUCUUCCUACACCCACUGAGUUUCCCUGCACAGCCUACAUAUGCCCAAUCCCUAGCGCUUGUACCUGGCACCCUCCGUCGUCCUCCCCGGCCUGCAUCACCCUCGAGACCUCCGUCUCAGGUCCACCGACUCUCAUUGGCCCCGACGCCGGCGGGCAGUGCCUACUGUACUCGUCUCCCGCGUGUGCGCCUGAGUCUGUCCUUGGUGUGCCCGAGGAUGCAGCGGGCGCGGGACAAACGGACGAGACGAAGGGAAGUGUUGUGUGUCCUCGGAUUGGUGGGGCGGUGGUGCCGGGUGGCGUGAGAGGGGUGAGGUGUUUUGCUACAGGUGCGGGGAAGGUGGAGGCAAAGGAAGGAGAGGAUGUGAAGAGGCCGUUGGGCGUCCCGGUUACGCAUGGCACGCCGGGGGUGGGACAUUACUGGGGUCGUGGGUAUGGCGGCGGUAGAGACAUAGAUGCAGCGAUUUCAACGUGA